GAUGCAUCUGUGCUUUCCGCAGUGCAGUCACUUGCACUUGACCUUACCGUGCAUUUCUUCAGGAUCCUCACAUCGUCACCUGGUACCGAUAAACGCUUUGGCAAGUCAGACACAACGAUCAUACCGUUUCCUAUCACCUUGCAUAACUUAGUGUGGGCACGAUGAGUAGCUCUGAAGGAUCGGCGAACAAUUUCAAUGCACAGCUGGCCAUCAUUGGGCCAACCCAAGUCGGUGGGCUUUUGAGCGCUGCAUUAUUCGGUUGCCUUGCCUGCCAGUCCUACUUGUAUUUUGCAAGAUUCAUGAGCGAUGGCUUCGCUGUAAAAAUAACUGUAUCUGCAAUCAUUUUGAUUCAGCUGGGCCAGUUUGUCUGCAUGAUAUCAACAUUGUGGACAAUGACUGUCAGCACCUAUGGUGACCCAUCUCUGCUCAAUGUCCUUCCUCUAGUGGCAGACGUGUCCCUUCUGUUGAGCGGCAUGACGGUGUUCAUCGUGCAGUCAUUUUACGCAUUUCGACUUUGGAAGUUGACUAGGAGUAUUUUCUUACCCAUUCUUUGCGAAACGAUCUCCGUGGUCGCACACACUUCCAUGGUCGUUCUCUUAGCGAGGGCGAUUUCUAUGACGGACCUCGUGACUUUUAUAAACAGUCAAACUGUGCUGAUUGCGCUCUUUUGGAUUGCACGUGGAGUUUGCGACUUGAUCACCACUGUUGGAGUCGGCUGGAGUUUGAAAAAGAGACGAGUCUCUCAUUUCAACACGGUGACGAUGGUCGACCGGUUGAUUUAUUGGACACUUGAGACUGCUCUGAUCACCAGUUUGAUAUCCAUUGCCAUCGUGAUGUUGUUUGUAUUCCAGAAACAAAACUUUGUGUGGUUUGGAGUAUUGUUGAUAUGGCCUAAUGUCGUAGGGAACUCCUUGUUAGCCUCGUUGAACCGGCGGUUACUGCUUCGAGAGACUCAGAGAGCCUCAGGAGGUGAUGUCCAGCGUCGUAGUGGUAGUUCGAACUCAAUUUCUUUCAGAGCCGGAGCUACGCAAUCACGCGGUGACUCGCUGGAGAACUUCGAGAUUGAAGUGUUCCGAGAAACAGAAGGCUUAAUCGAUCAGGAGCAAAAACGGAUUUCGAAGCCUGCAGUGGUCCAUAUACGCGAGCAUGUGUUUCAACAUGACGAAACUCAUUGCUGAUUAUGGGGCAUGAAAACUGAUCGAAGCUUUGUGAAUAUACCACCAAGUUCCUCAGUAGAGUCCUAGCCAUGCUGCAUGGUAUCAUACAGUAUAGUGUAAUUUAUAUGCAAAA